ACAACACCGCAUUUUUCCACAGCCACCUAGAGACCCACCACCAAGACUCUACAAUUGGAGGACCAUCAUCCUCGGGCUACGAGGGAUUGCCUAAGACUUCUUUUCAGCCAUGGAUUGGCUAUCACCCUCCCUGUUCUGACUCUCACUGCUGUGGUUGGGGAGAUCUUUGUCCAUGAACUGGAACAAGAGGGCUUCAAGGAUGCCUUUCCUUCCACCAUGGAUGAUAAAGACCUUCCUCCUGAUGUUCCCAUUACCUUCCAUGCCAAUCUUCUGCAUCACCCUGACUUGCCCCGGUGGCUGCGAUACACUCAACGCACCCCAUUUGAGAUGGGGUAUCUCUAUGGGUCUGCAACAAGUGAUGAUGUUGGUGUGGAAACAAUUGAGGUGAUGGCGUAUAACAGGUAUACCUAUGAAACCGUGAGGCAAACAAUGAUCAUCAAUAUUUUAUCAUCUCCAGAUGGAGAGAUGCCAUAUCAAGCAGAUUUUUUGGUAAAGAACUGGGAUGUGGAAGAAAUGCUACCCAUUGAUGCCCAGGAACUUUUCCAGCAAGCUGUGGACAGCAUGUGGGAACAAGAAGGUUUAACUGUGGUCAACAUUACCUCAGCUUUGGACCGAGGAGGCCGUGUCCCUUUGCCAAUUGAAAACAGGAAAGAAGGUGUUUACAUCAAGGUGGGUUCCAAGGAUCCUUUCACAGAAUGCUUGAUGGAGGCUAAGUCCCCUAGCAACCUUGUCCGGUGCAAAUUGGAGCAGCAGCCCGUCAUUUCAUGUUAUGACAGCUUCAGCCCUCGAUUCCAAGUGGACUGGUGCAACCUCACCUUGACAGGCCCCACAACUAAGAACAUCACAGUGCUUAUCUAUGGAGAUGGGAUCCUGGAGGAGGGCAGUGAAUUCAAUCCUCCAGACAAUGUCUCCGACCGGGAAUUCUUCUCUGACUUCUUGCUGACGUUCCUCCUUCCAUUCCUUUUGGGGCUUCUCCUCGCUCUCAUCCUGGCCUACAUUAUGUGCUGCAGACGGGAAGGCGUGGACAAAAGAGAUAUGAAGACCUCAGACAUUCAGAUGGUGCAUCAUCACACGAUUCAUGAUAACACAGAGGAACUGAGGCAAAUGGCAGGCAGCAGAGAUGUUCCCCGGCCCCUCUCCACUUUGCCCAUGUUCAACGUCCGCACAGGCGAGAGGACCAACCCCAUGCAAAGCAGCCGCUAUGACAGUGCCCAGGUGCCUCUCAUCUUGGCUCAGCAGUGAACAAACCUGGACAGCCCUAGAAUGAUCCUAUCCAGUUUGAUUUCAGGAAGCUUUUCCUGACAAAGCCAUCAUUUCUCAAUACUGAGAUGCUUAUACAAAGCCUGUGAUGGUGGAUUUUGGUGGUGCGUUCACCAGUGUGGGGAAGGAGGGAAAAGGUUUGUUAGGAUGCUGCAAUUGUAGUAUCUGUAUUUAUUUGUCUUUUGUAUGUAAUAAAAUUAUAUAAUAAUAAUAAUAAUAAUAAUAAUAAUAAUAAUAAUAAUAAUAGCAGCACACUGGGUGCUGUGGCAAAAGAUCUCAGCCAGCAUUUGGAAACAAUAAAAAUUGACAAAAUCACGA